AUGCCCGAUUAUCCUUUCACCCGAUUCCUCUCCUUGCCCGUCUGCCUUUCUGUUAGAAUAAUUGAUCGUGUUGCACGAUCUGAUCUCAGCUGCUCAUCGAAGCUUUAUGAGAUGCAAUCCCAACCAUCCAUCGACACUAUUAAUCUCUCCUCGGAAUAUGAACAAUUAGACGAUGAAAAGAGAGAAAAAGGCAAGAAGAAAGAUGGAGAAAGAGGGUUUUCGUCUGGACUUCGAGCUAGGGUUUUCUGGUGGGUUUUCUCUUUCUCAUACUCUGUAAAUGCUCUUGAGCUCUUCUCACUAGAGCUCAACGUGGACAUAGCCUCUUUUGGAGGUGAACCACGAUUUGUCGUAGUCUUUGUAGCACCACCACCACUAGCACUACUACUACUACUACUGACAAACCUUCGAGUCUAUAAAAAUGGCAGUCCGGAACUCAUCUCCGCCAUCGCCGCCAUGUACCGCCUCUUCUUCCUCCUCCUCCUCCUCGUCCUCUCUGCCGCCGCCCAUGGCGGCCACGACGACUCUGACUUGGACGCCGAUGCCUCCGUCGACACUAGCAAGCCCAAUCUCCGGGAGAGUUCCUUGAUCUUGGUGAAGAUAUGGUGCUUGAUAAUCGUCUUCUCCGGCACGUUCUCCGGCGGCAUGUCACUCUAUUUCAUGAACUUGAACGAGGGUUUUUUGGUUCUGGGCACGCAGUUUGCUGGCGGCGUGUUUCUGGGCAUGGCUCUCAUGCAUUUUCUCAGCGAUUCGAAUGAGACUUUUGGGGACUUGACGACCAAAGAAUACCCGUUCGCCUUUAUGCUGGCGAGUGCUGGGUAUUUGCUCACCAUGUUGUCUGAUUGCUUGAUUUCUCAUGUUUACGGGAAGCAGGGAAAUGGGUCCCGCAAUGGCGACGUCGAGCUUCAAGGCAAAACAAAAGAUAGUAGCAAAGAUAAGAUUUCAGAGUCUAACUAUCUGGUCCAUGAUGAUGGCGUUGACAAUAGCUUUGUCAAAGGCACCUCUCUUGUCACCGCCAAAUCGUUUGGUGAUACCAUCUUACCGAUAGUUGCCCUGUGUUUCAAUUCGGUCUUUAAAGGCAUCGCAAUUGGGGUUGCAGAAACAGAGGGUGAUGCUUGGAAAGCUCUAUGGAAUAUUUGCUUGCACAAGAUAUUUGCAGUCAUUGCAAUGGGAAUAGCCCUGACUAGGAUGUUCCCGAACCGCCCCUUCUUAUUGUGUGUGUCCCAUGCCCUUGGUUUCGCGAUCUCAAGCCCCAUUGGUGUGGCCAUUGGGAUCAUCAUAGACGCCACAACUCAGGGGGUUGUGGCCGAUUGGAUUUUUGCCAUCUCAAUGGGCUUCGCGUGUGGCGUCUUUGUGUAUGUGUCCAUUAAUCUUCUAUUGGCCAAAGGGCACUCUCCACAAAAGCCAAUAUUCUUUGACACGGCCUUUUAUAGGUUCUUGGCAACCCUUUUAGGUGUUGGGGUGAUUGCAAUAAUGAUGAUUUGGGACACUUGAGCUCUUAUUAAGUUUGGCUUCAAUAUAUAUGUGUUAGUGAUGUAUGCUCCAAUGUUGGAUUUAGAUUACAUCUAAUAUGUAA